UAAAUAUAGAAGUAUUUCCACGUCUGUGAUAAGCGAUCUGCGGAGCGAGACGACGACGAUAAAAAAGAAGAGAGAGAAAAAAAAAAACACAAACCCUCAAAAAAAAACAAACAAAAAAAAAAACGAAGAAAUAAUUUCAUUUUUUAUUUUUCAAUUUUAGUAGAUCUGAAAUUCGUCGAAAAUUCACGAAAUACAAAAUGAGGAUUCGGAAAAACGCAAGGCUGAUAACUUCGUCACCGUCGUCGUCGUCGUCAUUUCUAGUUUGUCAGCUCAAUCGUUCUCCUUGGGAUGUCGAGUCUUUCUCUCUCCAGGCCGAUUGGGAAGACGGGUUAAGAGUGAAUGGCAGUUCAGCCGAACAAUUUCCUUCUUCAGAUAGCUUCCCUAGUGGGGAGUCUAUGGAAUUAUCAUUCGAGUACGUGCAAAAAUCAUUGCCGCCACCGCCGAUAAUUAAAACCCAGAAAAGAGAGGAGCUACAAGUUGGAUGCCGCAACGAUAAAAAGAAUGGGUGGCAGCCUAUCCCUCACCCGCUCAAUCCGCCACCACUUAUGGUAGAACCACCACUGCCUCCAACCCCCACUGUUCCAAAGAAGCGGGGACGGCCUAAAAAGUCCACAACAGCCUCAACAAUAACCGCACCAACACCCACCACCCCAACUACACCCGCUACCCCAACCAAUAAUAAUAGUGGCAAUAACCCGUAUGAGUUUUACUAUUAUUCCGGGUUCGGGCCGAAGUGGAGUAAGAAGAGGGGAGGGAACAAGUACAUUGGUGGUGGCGGUAAUGAUAAGAAGGAUGCUUAUGAAUCGCCAGGUUCUUCCUCUACUAUUAUGAGUGAAGACGAUAAAGAUGAUGACGAUAACAAGAAAAACAAGAAUAAUACUAAUACUAAUACUAGUACCAGUAAAGUUGUAGUGAUGGAGAGCAAUAUGGUGGAGGAUGAACUCGACUAUAUCGAAGAUGAUUUCGAUGAUGACGACGAAGAUGCGAAUUCCGGUGGGAGACGAGUUCGGAAGCCGGUGAAAGCUAGGUCACUGAAAUCCUUAAUGUGACUCAUCAAUGGUGAAUUUCGCUUAGUUUUAGCUAGGAAGGUUGUAGGUUUUCCUCCCUUUUGUUGUUGUAUUUGUUGGUAAUUUAUGUUUUUUUUUUAAAUUUUAAUUUUGGGUGUGUACUGUUGUAAUUUACUUCCGUUGUAGUAGCUGACUGACCGGUGAGAAUAGCAACUUCCUUUUUAUAAUUUUAUUUUGUGGAUGACUUGUCAAAUGAGCAAUCUCCCUACAUUUUGGUCAAAACUUUAAAAGUCAACACUGAAGUUAGGGUAUUUUUGUAAUUGACCUCAUUAGUUCUUUUGAGUUCUUCUAAAUUUGUGUUCAAGUUAUAGCCUAAUGACUAAUGAGUAACGAAUUUCUUUA